AGACCAACUUCCUCUCCCAACCCAAUACACUCAAACACUCACUCUCUGUUUUCCUCUUUCCUUCUCCAUUCACUGAUUCGCCGGCGGCAAAGAUGGAUUGCACUCGAGGAAAGCCUCUAGGUCAGGGAAGCUUUGGAGAGGUGUUUGUCGCCAAUCCGACGGACCCCAAGCUGCCAAAUAUGGCGGUGAAAUCAGUACCAGAAGACAAGAAGGAGUCUCUAACCGCGGAGCAUCAAAUUCUGGAAAAGUUCAGGGAUGUUCCCGGGAUUGUCCGGUGUCUCGGCGGCGGGCUGUCCAAGGAACUAAAUCCAGAAAACGGGUUAAGGAGGUAUGAUUUGCUUUUGGAGUACGCUUCCGGCGGUUCGCUGAUGGACUUGAUUUACGGCGGCGGAGUAGGAGCGGCAAUCCCUCGAAGACACGUUAGGGUUUACACCCUUAUGCUCCUCAAAGCACUCUCCUCCAUCCACUCUCUCGGGUACGUCCACUGCGACAUCAAGCCCAGCAACAUUCUCGUCUUCCCGAGGGAGGCAGGGGACGGAACGAAAGGAGAGACGAUACCCGAAUUGAAGGUGGCUGACUUCGGUUUGGCGAUGGUUUCGGGCAGCAAGAAUUUAAGGGGCUCGCCGAGAUACAUGCCGCCUGAGGUGUUGGCUGACGGGACGGUGACUGGGGCCAUGGAUAUAUGGGCGCUGGGCUGCACGGUGCUCGAAAUGCUCACCGGGGAGAUGCCGUGGGAUAGGUUGGACGACGAUCGGGAUGUUUUGAGGGAGAUCAGGAAAGGAUGCCGGCCGGAGAUUCCGGGGUGGUUGUCGGGAGACGCGAAGGAUUUCCUGAGCAAGUGCUUCGCGAAGAAUUACAUCUGUCGCAGCGAUGCGAAUUCGUUGCUCAGGCAUCCUUUCGUGGCACAGGACAGCGAAAAGCCGACGAGGAUGAAAACGGUGAUCGAAGAAGUGCAGCAGAAACAGAGGAGACCUGGAGGAGCUGCUGGUUUCCUUCCUCAGUUUUCCCGUCAAUGCGGACCUGUUUUGCUCUUCUGAGAAUAGGAACAGAGAAAGAAGACUCAAUACGGCGGCGGGUCGUGCAUUACGACAUUCCCGAGAAGACUUCCGUAAUUAGGCGUAAUUAGGAAGAGCGGCUGCUGAUUGAUUUUGGCUUUGUAAUCUUAAAUCUUUUCUCUCUUAAAAUAUACUAGCCUACUAGCUUAUUACCCGGCCCGUUGGCCGGAUUACUGUAUGUUACCCACUUGUGGAAUGGGAGAGAAAGCAAGUGAGAGUGAAGGGAUUGAGAUUCCACUUGAUUAAGACCGGCCCACUAAUCCGAUUCUUCCCGACCCGCCCCAACCUAAAGGGUCAGAAAGAGUCAAUAAGAAAAUACGAACGGAGAGAAUUAGUAAUAUAUCUUGACUCUUCAGAAGUGGGUCAAACAGGAUAAAAGUUGGGUGAGGGCAAUUUUUAGCGCUAAGCAGAGUUCUGGGUUGAAUAACUUUACUUAGGCCUAGAAAUUGGUGCUGAUGCAGACUGCAGUUUUUAUCAUACCAUCAUCAAUCAUCAUUGAAUUAGUCCUGGGCAUCCCUCCCCGUUGUCGGUCUGAAUUUUAAUGAUGGCUUCAUUCCUUGCACCAGCCAUAUCAGCGAGUUGUCAUCUCGAGCAUGAUUUGCCUAUGUACAAAUGAUACAAUUAGAGUAUGAAACUGAAUUCAAAGAAAAGGAAAAGAGAAUUCUAUCACAUGCCAAUAAAUACACACAUAAUAGUUGAAGCUAAGUGAAAGUCAUUACUCGCACAUCAAUUCUCAAAAAUUACAGACUAAACAAUGGCUAGAAUGGCACUGAAACUACCAAGAAUCAUGGACGAAACAACUUGUCAAAUUAAAAAAUCCUUAUACUGAAACUACCUUCUAACUUGAAAUAAGACAUGAUCACAGUUCAUAGCACUCUUAUCACUAUGAAUUGGUUGCAGCUCAUCCUUAUCACUACCUCCCAAGCUCAAUUCAAACAGAAUAGACACAGUUAUGUAAGAUAACCAUAUCCUUACUGAUCAUAAUUCCUUUCUUCACUCCAUUUUUGUCGGAGAAAAGAGUUAUCCCCCUCUCAUGCAUUUCCCUUUCCCCCUCUCUUCUCCUUCUUCUUCACAAACCGAUCCCUAAACCAGCAACAACAACACAAAAUAGCCUUCGCCUCUGCCAUCUCCAUCUACUGAACGCGUUGGUGGCAAGACAGGACUGCAGAAGCAAAAUUUUCUAAAAUCAAACUAAAUUUUCUGAAGGAGACUCAACCACGAAAAAAGAGUAAAGCAACAAUGCUUAUAGUUUAGAUGGUUGGUUUUGAUGUUAUACGUUGCUUUUGUUAUGGUCUCCAGUGUAUCAACUGCAACAGAGAUGUUUCCUCCAAUCAUCUUUAGUGCACGAUUUAGAAGUAAGUCCUCUUGUUUGUGUCAAACGGAAACAUUCAUGGGUUCUUAACUCUCCUGUUAGUGUAAAUGCAUCAGCAGCAAAGAAGUUUGACAACACAGCAAGCACCCAGGCAAAAUGAUACAAUGGAGUAGGUGAUAUGUGUCUCGAAGGUUUUGAGCUACUAAAGUUCAUGUUAAAAAUAAACAUGAAUUAAAAUGGAUUAUUCUAUUAAGCAAACAUCCCCUCUAAUCAUACAAAGAUCAGAUAUCUAAUUCACAAACAAUUAAGCCAUAAAAAAUCAUCACACAUCCACCACCUUUGAUUGCCUAUAUUUGGUUUUUCGCAAAGUUAUGGACUCUUAAGGGUAAAGUUCAUGGGUAGUCUGUUUCAUAACUCUAGAGAGCACAGUAAGCAGCCACCAACCAGACAUAGUGCGGUAGGCGAAUAUGAUUCUCAAUUCACAAUUUCUCACCACCGGAAGUAAGAACAGACCAUAAUAAGCGUAGCGUUCAUGG